AUGCAAGGUGGCGGAGCGCCCGCCGCAGAUGCCGACCAGGCGCAGUUCGAGGCCGACAAACGAGCUGUAUAUAAACAUCCACUGUUCCCUCUACUGGCCCUCCUUCUGGAGCGAUGUGAGCAAGCCACGGCGGGGGCCGAGCCUCCAGCCGCCGAGGCCUUCGGCGCAGAUCUACAAGCGUUCGUCCAGCACCAGAGGAGAGAUAGGAGACCGUUUCUAGUCGAUGAUCCAGAAAUUGAUGGCCUUAUGAUUAAGAGCAUCCAGGUGCUUCGUAUCCACUUAUUGGAGCUGGAGAAAGUCCAGGAGUUAUGUCGGGACUUCUGUGGGAGGUACAUCGCAUGCCUGAAGACUAAAAUGCAGAGUGAAAACCUGCUAAGGACUGAUUAUACUUCUGGUGGCGUUGAAAGCAACAACAAUCUGUCGGGCUCUAUCGACGAACAUUCGAGUACGUCCAACUCCCCGCAAUACCAGUCGCCCCCCGCCCCGCUGGCGGCGCCGUUCCCCGCGGCCUUCCCGCCGCACCACACCGACAUUGCGUACGCGCCGCCGCAGAGGGAUCCUGCGUCCCUCGUAGUGCAGGGUUCGACGCCAAUCAGCCAAAUAGGCGCGGGGCUACUCUCCACAGACUCCUUCACAGGCACGAACUCGAACAACUCCUGCUCCUCAGUAUCGGGCUCCCCACCACCAGAAGAUGACUGCGGCGAGGACUCGAGCGGGAAGCGAGGGGUACUGCCCAGACACGCCACGCAAGUCAUGAGGGCUUGGCUUUUCCAACACCUUGUGCAUCCGUAUCCCACGGAGGAGGAGAAGCGUACCCUGGCAGCUCAGACGCGGUUGACGUUGCUUCAAGUCAACAACUGGUUCAUCAACGCCCGCCGCAGGAUCCUGCAGCCAAUGCUGGACUGUGCAGAUAAACCAGGUGGCAAGAAAGGAAAAAAUGGUUCAUCAGUGAGUAAGAGAUAUUGGCCAGAUGCGCUCUCUAACCCACAGUUUACUGCUGGUCUCCUCUCGUCGUCGGAAGACGAAGACCAAGAAGGCGAGGCGUCAGGUGACGAGCAAGAUGCUGCGGAGACGGAACAGACUAACUAUCCCAUACAGCAGACGAUGCACUAG